GACAGCUGAAUCCAUGCCUGUGGCCCGCGCAUUACGACAGCUGUACCGUAAUGAGUUUCUGGCCAACCUUCGAAUAGGCAUCCCUCUCGUCCUGACCAACAUCAGGAAGCACGACUCACCCACGAAGCCACGACAUGCACACGACUACGACGUAUACGAACUCCAGUUCCUGAUAGCCGAUCUCAAACCGAGGAGAUUCGAAACUAUCGAAGCCUAUCUGCGAUUACUGCGCCGGCAUUUCGAACAAUCUCGCCCGACAUGGAUUCCUCGCAACAGCAGCAAGAAGCCCCAGGCUCCCUGAGCUGGCGAUUGAGCUCGCAUCCCAUCACUCUGUUGACCUUUCUGUCGUUUCGGAUAUCAAGCGUUCUCGUGUACUUCCUGGGAUUGUGGAUCAUCAGAAGCAUGAUCAUGAUUUUCAUCAUCACCAUCCUUCUCCUCGCCGCCGACUUUUACUAUCUCAAGAACAUCGCCGGCCGCCGACUCGUAGGACUUCGGUGGUGGAACGAGGUGGAUGCGCAGACGGGCGACUCGCAGUGGGUCUUUGAGAGCAGCGAGCCGGGGACCAAGACAAUCAACCCGACCGACAGCCGCUUCUUCUGGCUUGCUCUUUACACUCAGCCAAUCCUCUGGGUACUCCUCGCCAUCUUCGCACUCGUACGGUUGCAAUUCCUGUGGUUGCCGCUUGUUGUCAUCGCCUUGGUUCUAACCAUCAUGAACGCCAUGGCCUUCUCGAGGUGCGAUAAGUUCAGUCACGCGUCCAACAUGGCCGGAAGCGCCCUCUACUCUGGUGGCCUGGCAGGCAGUAUCGCGAGUAACAUGGUAGGUCGGUUAUUCAACCGUGGCUGAGCCACGUCUGCCCUUGAGCUGCGUCGUUCGGCUACAGAGAAUUGGAGGUCUUUGAAUUGAAUAAAGGCUUUGCGGACUGUACCACGAAAGCUUGUUUUUCUUUGUACUUCUUCUGCCCCCCCUCGUUGCAGGAACAUAAACAUGCAACACUAAAGCUGCUGCCAGCGAGGGCAGCAAGAAAAGGAGGUGGACAAGGAGGAGGGAGAAGAAGACGGGAAGCGCAAAACAGGAGAAGAAAACGUGCGUAGUCGUCCCCCACGAGGCCAGACGAAUCGGUGGUUUGCGGAUAUUGCUAUACCCAACCCCAGCUGUAUACUAGACAUGUAAGCAUGCCUCGGGAGAGAUUUAUCUUUUCGAAUGAUCAGGGCUCUUUUUCUUUUGGUACGCAGUCUCGUGGUGUUUGCUGUCACGGGUGUCUCCAACCCACUGCGGUAACGGUUGGAGGGAGACACUCAUAUCCUUACGGCUUGACGAUGAUUUAAGAAGGGGGUGGGGGGACGGCUAGCUCGAGUCAACCACGUACUCGCUGGCGCAGCGUUCU